AUGGCCAUUUCUUCCCACGUUUCUUUCAUCACCACCGAUGGCGUUACUCUACGAGGCAACUUGGUGACUCCUGACGAUGUCGCUGGACAACUCGGCUGUGUCAUUCUCACCCACGGAUUUACCUGUGUCAAGGAAAUGGGACUGAUCGACAUCGCCACUCACCUGUCUUCUGCACUUCCCCUGGCUUGUUUGGUGUAUGACCAUCGAGGAUUUGGUGCGAGUGACACGACUCCCGCCUAUGUACGUGGUGAAAUCAUUCCUUCGCAGCAGGUCCUCGACCUCCGUGACGCUAUCACCUUUGCCUCGACCUUGUCGGUGGUCGACCCGGAUCGAAUCGCCCUUUGGGGAUAUUCCUACGCCGGAGGACACUCUAUACAAGUCGCCGCCAGUGACCAGCGGGUCAAGUGUUUGAUCGUUCACGCCCCUUGUAUCGACGGCGUCGAAACCGUCCAUCGGGUCAUUCCCGCCCACAACCUCGCCACGUUGAGACGACUUUUCGCCGCCGACCGAAUCAACCGGAUCAAGGGAGAACCCCCAGGAACGAUACCGGUGGUGACGCCAGACGAGGGCGGGACAGCGGCAUUGGCCAGUCAAGACAGUUUUGCCUUUUUUCAUCGAUUCGAUCCAACAGUCGAUCAUGACAGUUCUUGGGUCAACAAGGUGACCUUGAGAUCACUUGAAGAAAUGUUCGGUUACGUUGCGCCUCUAUCCUCUCUUUCCCACGUCACUCCAACUCCGAUAUUAAUGGGAGUUGCUUUGAAAGAUACCAACGGUGAACCCGACAUGACUUUACGACACUACAGCAUGAUGCAUGAACCAAAGGAAUUGUGUCUCGUUGACUCGAAUCAUUACGGCUUUGUUUCCCCCGGCAACACCAGAGACAUCUUGCAGAAAAAGGAGGACCGCGACGACGUUGGUCUCAGUAAGAACGUAGGUAUAGGGCGAAGGCUCAUUCUCCGCGGUCCCGCGGGUUCCAGGACGAGGAACAUCUUUGGGACACCACAAAAGCUCCGUCUGGUGUUUUGGCGGAUGGUCUUGCAGGUCCUGUUCGAUCUCCAUCCCAUACUGGAGGCGUGCGCGGCACACGGGAUCAAGGUGCUGGUGAGCUCUGCUGGCGGAGCAGGGACCAACUCCCAGGUGGACUUCAUGGUGGGGGUGAUCCGUGAGAUAGCAGACGCUGCGUCGUGGGUAUUCCGCAUCGCGACAAUCACUUUUGACGAGCAACAUCGGGGAACCAUCUUGUCCCAAAUCGCCGCAGGCAAGACGAGACCCUACGGGCCCGUGCCGGAAUUGAAGCCCGAGGACGUCGACGAUGCGGCCUGUAUCGUGGCCCAAAUGGGCGCCGAGCCGUUUCUGGAGGUCUUGCGCGAUCCUUCGAUCGAUAUCAUCAUGGCGGGACGGUCGUUACGACCCGGCUCCCUUUGCGGCGUUUCGCAUCCACAAUGGCGUCCAGCCAUCCGCAGCCUGGCACGUGGGUUUGUCCUCACGCCCACCAAUCCCAAUGCUCGAUGUACUCCCCUGACGGUCGCGGCUCAUACCAUGUACGAGAAGACCCGACCAGACAGACUGCCCGGACCGGGCGGUGUCUUGUAUCUUGAUAGGGCAACGUACCUACAAGAACCCGACGGGCGAAGCGUCGUGGUCCAAGGGGCCGAGUUCAGACCGACUCGGCAGCAGUAUGAAGUGAAGCUAGAAGGUGCGCGAAAAGUGGGAUUCCGGUCCAUUUUCAUCGGGGCAAUCCGAGACCCGAUUCUCAUCGACUGCAUACACGACUUCUUGGUCAGCGUCAGAAAGACGGUCAAGGAAGCCAUGGCGGAUCUCGACGAAGUAGGUGGCCCACAACUCUUCUUCCACCUCUACGGCAAGAACGCCGUCAUGGGUCCGCUAGAGACGUCGACCCAGACGCCCCACGAGAUCGGGGUACUGGGUGAAGCUGUCGCGCAGACGCCAGAGGCUGCGAGUGCCCUUGCUGAAUACUCGCGCACCCUGGUCCUCCAUGGGGCCUACAAGGGCCAACUUGCCACGGCUGGCAACCUGGCGUCACCGCUGACACCGCUCGAGUCCGACAUUGGACCGGUCUUUGAAUUCAGCCUCUAUCAUCUGAUGGAAGUCGAUGACCCCAAGGCACUGUUUCCGAUUCAUGUCUUCUCGGUCGGGACGAUGACGAUGACGACGACGGGAGAACGUCCGACCAGGCCGUUGUGGUUAUCAAGAAGCAAACCCGUUCCUGAAUCGGUCCUGCCAAAGAAGAACUCACCGGCCCAAGCUAACGGGACGUCUGCGAUAUCAGCAUUGACGUCAACAGUGGAAUCGGGUCCAAGAGCCAUUCGAGAUCUCGCGUCGGUUGUCCGGUCCAAGAACUCGAGGCCCUUUGAGGUCACGCUGGACAUUCUUUUCGCCAAUAACUCGGAUUUCGAGCGGGCACAGAAGUCGAAUGUGCUGACGGCUGAGACGGUGCGGAAACUCUACCGUCUCAAGCCCGCAGACGACAUCAUCACUUUGAUGUUCUUCGAGCCCGCUCUCGGCUGGAAGUGCACUUUCAAGAGACCGUGGCCGCAGGGUAGCAUUGGAGAGCGGGACACAUUUGGCACUCAACUGCAUGCUCCGUUGUUGUCGAUUGUCAUUCCAUGA